AUGGCUUUGGAAAACAAAAGACGAUCGGAGAUUAUAAAGAAGCAGGCAGCGCUGAGAAAAGAGGAGACUAAGCCCUCAAAGCUCGAGACGAUCAAGAGCACUCUUGCCCACUGUAGAAAAGAAUUUUUCCAUGUAAAGCUGUUUUUGAAAAGGUCCAAGAAGCCUGGCAAAGGAGAGUAUCUCCACAUGCUGGCCUCCCACACCAAGGGAGUGCUGAUGCUCGGGUUCCUGGGAUACAUCAUUACUUUUAUCCACAUCCCCAUCAACAACAUUUUAUUUGGUAUCAAAAAAUGA